CUCGGGCGCGUUUUGCAGUCGGUGUUUGGGACGCGGCGCGCGUGUUUGCUCGGUCUUCGCUCCAGUGCGGCGAUCGCAGUGGGCGCCUUCCCGGGCACGGGACUGGUGCGGGCCCGAGAGUUAGCGUGACGGGCUUGGCACGGACGUGUGCCCUCACUGCCUUUUUUUGAACCUUUAUCCGCUCGCCGUCCUCAUUGGGAGCGGGGUUGCUGGGCGAGUGCUUCGCAUUUUUCUCCCGAAGUGGUUUUGUCCCCGGCUUCGGGCCGCCAGGCUUGGCUCCCGGUCCCCAGUAACCGCCCUCGCCCCUCGGCCUUCCCUGCCCCGGCCCCCGGCCCCGCCCAGUCACCGCACCUGCCUCGCUAUGAACGGGCUCGGCGACCUGCCUGUUUUCAUAAAAGACAUUAAGCCCGGACAGAAAAACUUAAAUGUCGUCUUUAUUGUGCUGGAGAUAGGACGCGUGACCAAAACCAAAGACGGCCAUGAAGUGAGAUCGUGCAAAGUGGCAGAUAAAACGGGCAGCAUCACUAUUUCUGUGUGGGAUGAGAUCGGAGGUCUUGUACAGCCUGGGGAUAUUAUUCGGUUGACCAGAGGGUAUGCGUCCAUGUGGAAAGGGUGCCUGACACUUUAUACUGGAAGGGGUGGUGAGCUUCAGAAAAUUGGGGAAUUCUGCAUGGUUUAUUCAGAAGUGCCAAAUUUCAGUGAGCCCAACCCAGAUUAUCGAGGACAGCCAAACAAAGGGGCCCACAGUGAACAGAAGACGAAUUCCAUGAAUAGUAAUACUGGUACAGGUACCUUUGGACCAGUGGGCAAUGGUGUUCAAACUGGUCCUGAAUCAAGGAGAUACCAGGUUUCCUAUGCUGGUAGAAGCAAUGGCCGAGGACCUGUCAGUCCACAACUCCCAGCAGCAGCUAAUAAUCAAACAGUCAUGACCACAAUAAGUAGUGGCAGGGACCCUCGAAGAGCCUUUAAGAGAUGACCUAUGCCAAAUAGUCACAUGUAGUUUUUAAACUACAUGCCCUACUUGAACACUUCUUGCACUUUUAUUUAUUGUUAACUGUGAAAAAAAAUAUGUUCUUUAUUGGUUUCCUUUUACAUUUUUGUUUGAGUGGUUGGUUUUUAUAGCAAAAAUGUUAAGCUACUCAGUCUCAUAGUGAAGAAUGGGAACACUCUAAACAGUAGGGGCAUUUAUUUUUUGAGCAAAAUGUUACUGAAUAUCCUCUAAAAAUUCUGCACCCAUUUCAAGGGUUAAUUACCUAAAACAUCAGCUUUAUAGCCUCUAUGAGCCUGUGUACUGUAUAAAUUUCGUAAUAUUUGACAUUAGACUUAGUGGAGAUGUUCUUAUGUUUUAAAUCUAGAUGUUACCAACUAAAGCAAUAACCAGAAAAAAUAGAAACAACAACUAAAAACCAGAAACUCAGUCAAUGAUAGCAAUUUCUGCGUGUUUUUGACUCAAGGAGUGACUGACUCUAGUGAGUGACUGCCAUUAACAUUUUCCAAGGACUGAAUCAUCCUAAAUUCUUGCUUAUUACCAGAGAACAGAUUCUCUGUCAGAAUUAUGAAAUAGAAUGUGAUCUGUACUGUAACAUAAUUUUUAGAAGAAAGCUACAGUUGCUUUAAUAUUCAUUAACAUUAUAGAGUACAUUGAAGAGAAAUUACAAACUAAGACCUUGAAUAUUUUCGAGACUACAAUAUAUAAUUGUAUAAUUUGAGAACAUCAUAAAGUCAAUAAACAUUGACCUAAUUCUAAAAAAUAACUGGUAGAUAAACAUCAUAGUGAAGGUGAUUCAAAUUGAAUUCGUGUAGUACUAAUAUUCAGUCUCAAGUUACAAACCCUAAGUACUUAGAGGUACUCAGCCUGAAGUGAAAAUCCUUGGUACCUCCUUUUUCUAAGAGGAUCAUGUGUGUGCUGUCAGUUUCUGAACACAGUUCGAUAGCCUUAUUAGCAAAAGUUAAAUGACUCAAAUUAUAGCUUUAUUCAGAAAUUUAAGUUGGAAUUUGUGUGUCAUAAAUGGUACCCACUUCUACUCUUUACUGUAGGGUGGAUAACUCAAAAACUUUGUUAGAAUUCACCUCUUUUUAAAUAGCUCUUGAAUAAAACUUGUGUUCAUGUUAACAGAU